AUGACUUCCCUAUUCACAAGAGAGCUGUUCACACGAGAGGCUCCUAACCAGGAGUUGUGCGAAAAGUAUGCUCAGUUCGCCUCGCACAUGGUGAGAUGGCAGUUCAAGAUUAUCUAUUGGGUCUUGUUUGUGUCCAAUCUUUUGGUCUUGUUUGUGGCAUCAUGGACCUACAUCAGAGGUCAAGCAGCACUCGAAAAACUUGCCCACAACCCCGGACUUCGAUCGAAACGUCUGCGACAAUCCAUGUUCAUGUGUCUUGGCUGUGUCUCGGUCUCGACCGUCAUUGUCGUCAUGGAAGCCUACUCCAUCCUUGCUCUUCAGUUCUGUGAUGGAGAAGAUCUCAUCUCCCUCUACUGGUCCACCUGGACAAUGAUACAAAUUGGAUCUCUUAUCGCCAUGAUGGGCAUCAUCCUUGCCCUUGCUCACUCGCUCAGAGGCCGACGCCAUCCACCAUGGGCUCUUGCUCUCGGUACUCCGGUGCUUGUCAUCGCCGGUGUCCUCCACCUGUUUCACGAUUGCACCAAGAAGCGUGUUAAGAAGAAGCUUCAGCGCAACAAGAUGGACUUUGACAUUGGUCCUCCCAUGAGUCAAGCUAACACCAUCUCGGUCAACCCCGAUGAAGAGUCUGACUCUGACAACGACUGCAGAGGAGAAGUGGUUGGCCUCACGUUUGACGGAGGCCCAAUCAUCCGCUUCAUCAACUCUGUUCCCGAGACUCUCCCAGAGCAUGCACAGCUUCUUGGUUACUGUGCUGAGAAGCGACCCAUCAUUAUUUGCAAGCGAGAGUCUGUGCAAUUCUUGAUGGACUCUCCUGCAACAGUUGCACCUUCGGUUCCCCCGAGCUGCCGCAAGGGAACCCCCUAG